CCCGAUAACGUGAACGACUCAGUUUUUAGUAAUCCAACCGGCAUUAAACCGUUUAAAAAUUGUUAGAAAAUCGAUACCUAACAAACAAUCAGUAUAAAUAGUGGACACCUCUUAAUCGUGGUAAACCAUGACUAAACUAGUAAAUUACACUCUUAAUUCUUAACAAUUCCAAAACAUGCGAGUGGGAAGCCGGGAGCGGCUACAGGGAUGGCGAGGAUGGCGACGGGAAGCGCCGAGAUGGAAGUGACGAUGGAGUGGAGGAGUUGCUACAGGAAGAGGGGACGGGGACUGAGACUGGCAAUGACGAGCUGGGAGCUGCUACGCUGGCUAGGGAUGCCGACGAUGCCGAGGGAAGCCGGGACAGGAAGUGUUGAGGACGGCAGGGUCUGGCGCCGCUCUUCUCCCUCUGUUCACGAAGAGUCGAAGACGAAGACUGAAUUAGAGUUAGGGUUUCUUUUGCAUCCCCAUGAUUUUGCCUUUUGUUUUUAAUUUUCAAUUUUCUUUUAUUAAACAGAACGGCCGGAAGGGGAAAAAACCGAGCGACCGGUUCGAGCGGUUAACCGCAUCGACCGCUCCAUAAAACCGUAGCGGCUAAAUGACUAGCCCGAACAGGUUUUGCGGUUGGGUGACGGCUUUAGUGGUCCAGCCGGCCGGCUCGAUCCGAUCUUAAUAACACUAGUAAAUACUGAUAUUUCAU